GCGAGGAGGCAGGAGCCCCAGAACCAGGCUGCGUGUCAGGGUUGCAACCUGUCCUCCCAGUCCCGGCGCCGUGCCCCUCCCGCCGCUGUUGCAGGGCCGCUGCCUGGAGCCCCAGCCUCGCCACCAUGAGAGUCCCCCUGGCGUGCCUGCUCCUCUCUGUCCUGGGCAGCCAAGACCUUCAUCCAGUGUCUGGUGCAUCAAACUGCAACUGUCUGAAUGGCGGUACAUGUGUGUCCUACAAGUACUUCUCCAACAUUCAGCGAUGCAGCUGCCCAAAGAAAUUCCAGGGUGAACACUGUGAGAUAGAUACAUCGAACACCUGCUAUCAGGGAAAUGGUCACUCUUACCGAGGGAAAGCCAACACUGACUUCAUGGGCCGGCCCUGCCUGACCUGGAACUCUGCAAGUGUCCUUCUAAAAACAUACCAUGCCCAAAGACCUGAUGCUCUUCAGCUGGGCUUGGGGAAACACAAUUACUGCAGGAACCCAAACAACCGGAGAAGGCCAUGGUGCUACGUGCAAGUUGGUGUAACGCCUGUUGUCCAACAAUGCAUGGUGCGAGACUGCUCUCUCAGACAAGCUACUACUUCUCCUCCUGAAAAAGAGUUUCAGUGUGGCCAGAAGGCUCUGAGGCCCCGCUUUAAGAUUGUUGGGGGAAAAUUCACCGACAUUGAGAACCAGCCUUGGUUUGCAGCCAUCUAUAGGAAGCAACGUGGAGGUUCUGUCAGCUACGCAUGCGGCGGCAGCCUCAUCAGUCCUUGCUGGGUGGUCAGCGCAACGCACUGCUUCGUUAAUUACCAGAAGAAGGAGGACUACAUUGUCUACCUGGGUCAGUCAAGGCGUAACUCCCAGGCACAUGGGGAGAUAAAGUUUGAGGUGAAAAAGCUCAUCUUGCACGAGGACUAUAGCUCUGAUGCACUUGCUCACCACAAUGACAUAGCCUUGCUGAAGAUCAGUUCCAGCUCGGGCCAGUGUGCUCAGCCAUCCCGGUCCAUACAGACCAUCUGCCUGCCCACAGAGUCGGACGAUGCUUAUUCUGGCAAAAGCUGUGAGGUCACUGGCUUUGGAAAAGAACAUACCACUGACUAUCUCUAUCCAGAGCAGCUGAAAAUGACUACUGUGAACCUGGUUUCCCACGAGGAGUGUAGUCAGCCCCACUACUACGGCUCUGAAGUCACCACCAAAAUGCUGUGUGCUGCUGACCCACUGUGGAAAACAGAUUCGUGCCAGGGAGACUCAGGGGGACCCCUGGUCUGCACGAUCCAAGACCGCCCGACUCUGACUGGGAUUGUGAGCUGGGGCCGUGAAUGUGCCAUGAAGUAUAAGCCAGGAGUCUACACGAGGGUCUCACGCUUCCUGAACUGGAUCCAUGCUAACACCCAGGAAGACAAUGGCCUAACCCUGUGAAUUGCCCCCCGGGAGCCACCCACUCCCAUGAUGACUGUCAUUUUCGCAAUAGGUCCAUCUGCACCAGCUAUAUAUAAGGAAGAGACUGAGGAAGAUAGGCUCUGCAGGGAUGGUUUUGCUUGUGCUGCCCGCCAGGGUGAGCAGCAAUAGCUUUACCCUCAGUGACAGGCCUGGGUGCUGGGCGCCCAGAUCCCCUCUGGCCAGGAUGGAGGGGUGGUCCUGAUCCAGGAUGGUACUGACCAGUAGUUUGUCUUUUUCCUGGAUUAAAGUCUCCUGGGGAUAAAAGUGGCAUCUCCUAUGCAUGGGAAGAAGACACAGCUCCCCCAACAGCUGGCCUGUUGUUGGGAAAUGAAUAAUUUCCCAAUUAGGAAGUGUAACAGAACUGAGGUCUCUUGAGGGAGCUUGGCCAAUGUGGGAACAAUGGUUUGGGGAGUAGGGACACUAAUGCCUUGAGGGAAAGGCUCUGACAUUCCAUGAAUGUAUCAGGAAAUAUUAUAUAUGCAUGUGUAUGUUUGCACACUUGUACACAGGCUAUGAGUAGUCAGUGUGAGUAAGAGCUAGUGUCCCUGUGUCUGAUUGAAAGUCUAGUUAUUUCUCUAAACUGUACCGACCGUGUUGUCACAUAGUAGUGGCUCUCAGGAGAGGUCAUGGGUCAUUCCUGGGGCUCUUGGGUCUCCGAUAUGAUGCCACUUAUGAAUGUGUCAUUUUGAGGCAUGGCCCAUGACCAGCAUUAAAAUUUCAGUUUCACUUUCACAUAAAUGUCCCUUUCUUGGCCAGUUAUCCCUUUUGAUCUUCCAGGCAAGUCCAUGCGCUCCUCACUGUGUGGGGUGAGGACCACUCCUGUACACUGAAUAUUUAAUAAUUAUAUUCUGCUAUUUUUAUUUAU